AUGAACUCAGCUGGAACGGACUUGAAUUCUGCUGUUGAGCAGCUGCAGCAGCAGAAGCUCCUUGCCCACAAUGUCCAGAGCUUGCUAGUUUCCCAGGAGGAGCAGCGGCAGGUCACUGAAGUUUCAGCCAGGGCAUGGUGUCAGGAACAGGGACAAGAUUGGUUCCAAGUCUUCUGUCAAGAGAUCAUGGAAUGCGUGGUUACAGUGGACCAACGCUGCCGGGCAGAGGUUUGCCCUUCUGCACCUGAUGAGGAGUUGAGAGAUUGCCUGGGACAGUGCUUGGAGUACGCUCAGCGUGGCAGUGUCGGCCAGCAGUUCAUGGAGUCCCUUUCGCAGUGUGGAAGUUUGCCAUCACACUUGAAGGCACCGCGUGGAAAUUUUUCCAAUGCCUUGCAGAACAUCUCCCAAUGCGGUGGAAGCAUUGAUCUGGAGGUGCUGCAGCUGAUGCAGCUACAGCAGGAAUUGAACUACAAGGACCAAUGUACGUACUCAUCCCUGGCGGUUGACCGGGUCGAGUUUGUGGCUGGUGCCUUUGUGGGAAUUAAUGCAGGCAUGCUGCUGUUGCCAAGUGCCCUUUCAAUUUUGGGUGGUCUGGCGGAGUCCAUCUUCAACCUCAAGGUGCUACUUCCUGGACAUCAAGAAUUUCCGUUUUUGCUGCUUCUCACUUCCUUUGAGGCGCUACCAAUCUAUGCAGCCUUGCUGGCGGUUGUGCAGCAGAGCUUGGGAGACAGUGUCCUUUUCGUUGCUUGCUUGGCUUUCAUUUGCUAUGUGGGGCUUCCAGCUCUUACUGGGUGCCUUACACGCCACCUGCGUCCUGGACCUGAGCACCGGUGGCUCUUCUACCGAAGGGUCUGGCUUGAGUAUAGUUUGCGUGCUGCCUUGGUCUUGGUGAUGUUCAUCUCCUUUGGUAAUUAUCUGAGGAAUUUGGUCGGCGAGCGGUUUGUACAGGACCACCCGGUGAGAUUGUUGUUGCUUACAACUUUAAGCUACUUCACACGCAAAAGCUUGACCGCAGUGGCCUCCACAGACGCUGCUGUGAGUGCCUUCCUCCAGUGCGAGCAUUGGCGGAGGUCCUUUGCAGCCGAGGAUCGGAAGGCCAACGAGGCAAGGACUUAA